AUGUUUCAUACCCCUCCAACGAAAGAUAGCUGGCAACCAGAUACAUCAGUUAAGUUCUCUUAUGAUGCUGAACAAUCUGAUGUUUUAGAUGAUACCCAACAUACAGCUGUCAGCUCACAGUCGCUAUCAGAUAAGUCGCCGGCUAUUGGAUCGGAAAGACGUGACAGCAAUGAAAGAAUUGUCAAUUCAGUCCAAGUGACAAGCAAGGAAGAACUUCCAGCUUCUCUUCUAAGGCAUUUACAGGAUUUCAUAAAAUCUCUUAGAGAACCUCGGUAUGCAAAGCCACUAGCUACGUUCGAGAUCGCUGAGCUGUUCCAAAGAUUUUAUACAGAUUUCAACAUCAAAACAAAUGACUUCACGCAUAGUGAGAAAAGAGUGGAGCUGAAGGAGCUUGAUAAACCGCUUAACAAUCCUUCUUGCAAGUACAAUCUCAUUGUUGAGCGAUUACUAUGUGAAAAGUUUUACUCAUCUCUCAUGUUUCCCAAGAAAGGAGUCCCAAUAGAUGAGUUUGAGAAAAAGCUCGACAAAGAUUUUGGAAUCAAGCUUGCAUACCUCAAUAGUUUGGACAUCAAAUUUGAAAACUUAGAUAUCCAUCUGGAUAUUGAUGAAGAUUUAUUCUUGGACAAUUUGAAUGGUCGCAUUCUCCCGCAGUUGGAAAUUUUCACGGCGGAGCGCUCUCCUACAUUAAAAUUGAAGCAUUUAUCUCAAGUGCAUGCCGAAAUUGACAAACUGAUCAGGGAACUUAGCAAGAACACCUUUCACGAAAUAAAUACGGAUAUUUAUCUUCCCAUUCUCAUUUACGUGUUCAUCAAACUUGGAGACCUGCGGACUCAUGCCCUCAUUACCCAAUUUGAGUUCAUUAAGAGAUUUCGGAACGAUUAUAUUUAUGACGGAAAUGACGAUGAAAAAGGCCAGUUAUUGUAUGUCUUCACCAAUUUUGAAGCAAGCCUCUCUUAUCUCGCCAGUGUGACUUUGGACAAUUUAAACAUAAGCUUGGAUGAGAGCAUUUGCAAGGUUCCUGAAGAAUCUCGUGAUCAGUUUCUUGAAUUUCUGACAAAGCCUUUGGUAUUAGAAUCAAUUGAGGAGGAGAUCAAAAAAAUUCGACCUAUCCUGUCACCUUCUCAUCAACCUUCUUUUCUUUUGGACUCAUCUCGAUUCUCCUUGCUAGCGCCAUCUGAAUUUCUGCCAUUGUAUCAUGCGGAUCAAGGCAUCCGAAAUAUUAGUAAUGCCGUGGACUCCAGCAUCAAAAGCAUAAUUGGUAGGGUCUCGUGGCUAAAUUCUAUCGGAACUACAGACAACCACGAUCCUAUUUUGGAGUCUACCAGGCAGCAGAUGGAGGAAAAUCUAGCCAUACAAUCCACCGUCUCUCUUCCAAAAGUUGAGGAGUCCAGAAUCACCCCUACCUCGUCGAUCUCUACCAGCGACUCUCGUCAUCAUGUACAUACUGGCUCCGACUUGUCGUUACAACUAUCGUCGCAUUUGGAUCAACCAGAAACGGGAGAAGAUUUGGGGGCAUCCACCAUCACUUCGACAACGUUGGUUCGCACAAGGUCACAAACAGACUCCAUUGUUUCGUCACCAAAUGCACAGGAUAAAUUCAUCAACAAAUUUACCAGCAGCAUGAGCGGAGUGAUGAAAAACUUUCGGCCUGUGAGCGCAUCUUCAUCUAGCUCCUCUCUCAAUGUUCACCUGGAGCCCAACGCUUCCAACAAUGGAGUUUCUCAGAAUACCAUUACUCCUUUCAACACAGGCAGCAACGGUCAAUCGGGAGAUAAAAGCAAGCCUUCACUUAACAAGAUGCGCAGCCGUACUACUAGUUUGAUAAACACUGGCCUAUUUAAUCAGGAGUAUUCAAAAAUGGGGAAAGCAGGGCUUCUCAACUCCAUUGAGAACGCCUUUGAGAAUGUUAAGAACAGAAGCCGGGGAAGCUCUUUGAGUGAUCAUUUUCAAAACCGUUCUGAGGACCCUCAAAAGUUUGCCAACAUUGAUAUUUCGAAACUAGAUCGCUUUGGCAAUAAGCCAUUCGAACAGCUCACUGUGUCUGAGCUAUCGCAGAUGUAUCAAAACUACCAGUAUAUUUUAAGCAUGUUAAAUAAGGAAGAUAGCUAA